AUGUUCUUACGGACAUUUCCAGCGGUUUAUGGCGAGCUGUUGAAGAUAUUCACAGUGCGAGAGGUGGCCAGCUUUGUCAGGGAGACGCUGGGCAGCCUGCCUACCACCGUCCACGCUGACUGCCCCCUGGAGGCUGUCAAACUGCAGUGCAUUGCCAGAACUGUGGAGAGCCAGCUUUACAUUAACCCAGAAUCACGGUGCAUCCUGCUGCCGGUGGUGCUCCGUGUCCUCCAGGCCCACAUGCAGGAGCAGAGAGACCUCGUCAUGUGCGCCCGCAUACUCACCAGCAUGCUGUCCCUCAUCAAGAAGGAGGAGAAUGUCACGGCA